AUGGACCGACCGCCGCCUGUGAUCCGCCAGGGCCCAUCCAACCAGAGCCUGGCCCGGGACGGCACGGCCCUGCUGCGCUGCCAGGCCUCCGGAGAGCCCGUCCCCUCCGUCAGCUGGCUCAAGGACGGCGUCAGUCUGCUGGGAAAGGACCCCCGCAUGUCCCUGCAGGAGCUGGGCAGUCUGCAGAUCAGGAGCCUCAAGUUGUCUGACUCUGGCAUCUACACGUGUGUGGCGACCAGCUCCAGUGGAGAGACGUCUUGGAGCGCCUACCUGGAGAUCAAAGAGUCUGUGGGGUCAGUGGUGGUGAAGGUCCCAGAGGAGCCCCCAGGGGCCCCCUCCAAACCCCAGGUCACAGACGUCACCAAGAACAGCGUGUCUCUGUCCUGGACGACGGCGGCUCCGGUCUCCUCCUACGUCAUCGAAGCGUUUAGUCAGUCGGUGAGUAACAGCUGGCAGACGGUGGCGGAGCACGUGAAGAGCGCUCAGCACACGGUCAAAGGGCUGCGUCCAAACACCAUCUACCUGUUCAUGGUGCGGGCGGUCGGCAGCCAGGGCGUGAGCGACCCCAGCCCCAUGUCCGAGCCCGUCAGGACGCAAGACAUCAGUCCUCCUUCUCCGGGUGUGGACCACCGACACGUGCAGAAGGAGCUGGGGGAGGUCCUGGUCAAGCUCCACAACCCCCUGGUCCUCAGCCCCACCUCCAUCCAGGCGGCGUGGACGGUGGACCGACAGUCCCAGUUCAUCCAGGGCUAUCGGGUUGUGUAUCGGCAGACGUCUGGGCUCCCGGCUCCUGGGUCCUGGCAGACUCUGGACGUGAAUGUACCGUCCGAGCGCAGCGUGGUCCUCACUGGACUCAGGAAAGGCAUCACCUACGAGAUCAAAGUCCGCCCGUACUUCAAUGAGUUUCAAGGGAUGGACUGUGAACCCAGGACGGCCCGGACCACUGAGGAGGCCCCCAGUGCCCCGCCUCAGCAGGUCACCGUCCUGACCGUGGGCAGCCAGAACAGCACCUCCAUCAGCAUCUCCUGGGACCCCCCUCCUCCGGACCAUCAGAACGGCAUCAUCCAGGAGUACAAGAUCUGGUGCCUGGGCAACGAGACGCGCUUCCACGUGAACAAGACGGUGGACGCUGCCAUCCGCUCGGUGGUGGUGGGGGGGCUGCAGAUGGGGGUGGUGUACCGGGUGGAGGUGGCGGCCAGCACCAGCGCAGGGGUGGGGGUCAGGAGCCCGCCUCAGACCAUCCUCAUCGGAGUCCAGCGCCCGACCCAACACCUAAACCGGACAAACCCCCGAUGGGGGUACACAGCCCGCCCACCAGCCCGAACCUGUAACCGCCAUGGCGGGUCCCAGGGCCGCCCCACUCCGAACGGGGGGGGGGGGGGGGGGGGGGGGGGGGGGUGGGGGGGGGGGUGGUGUGCGGUUACGGAUCCCCCAUGUAGAAGCCAGGGCCGGCCCCCACCCUCGCACCUGAGCCCCCCUGGAGUAGCCAGGCCGGCCCCACUACACCGAACUAGGUUACCCCCCUUAGGAGAGCCAGGCCCCCCCACGCCCGUGCCGUCAUACCCCCCGGGAGAGCCAGGCCGCCCCCACACGCCUAACCCCCCCAGUGCCCCGCCUCAGCAGGUCACCGUCCUGACCGUGGGCAGCCAGAACAGCACCUCCAUCAGCAUCUCCUGGGACCCCCCUCCUCCGGACCAUCAGAACGGCAUCAUCCAGGAGUACAAGAUCUGGUGCCUGGGCAACGAGACGCGCUUCCACGUGAACAAGACGGUGGACGCUGCCAUCCGCUCGGUGGUGGUGGGGGGGCUGCAGAUGGGGGUGGUGUACCGGGUGGAGGUGGCGGCCAGCACCAGCGCAGGGGUGGGGGUCAGGAGCCCGCCUCAGACCAUCCUCAUCGGUAAGGAGUUCCGAGACGUGUUCAUCCACGGAAACCGCAACAACAGCAUCACGGAGCAGAUCACAGACGUGGUGAAGCAGCCGGCCUUCAUCGCGGGGAUCGGAGGAGCCUGCUGGGUCAUCCUCAUGGGCUUCAGCAUCUGGCUCUACUGGAGGAGGAAGAAGAGGAAGGGCAUGAGCAACUACGCAGGUGACACACACACACUCACCCCUCCUCACCCCUCUCUCCCCCCUGCUCCUCUCUCCCCCCUGCUCCUCUCUCCCCCCUGCUCCUCUCUCCCCCCUGCUCCUCUCUCACCCCUGCUCCUCUCUCCCCCUGCUCCUCUCUCCCCCCUGCUCCUCUCUCCCCCCUACUCCUCUCUCCCCCCUGCUCCUCUCUCCCCCCAGCUCCUCUCUCCCCCCAGCUCCUCUCUCCUCCCUGCUCCUCUCUCACCCCUGCUCCUCUCUCACCCCUGCUCCUCUCUCACCCCUGCUCCUCUCUCCCCCCUGCUCCUCUCUCACCCCUACUCCUCUCUCCCCCCUGCUCCUCUCUCCCCCCAGCUCCUCUCUCCCCCCAGCUCCUCUCUCCUCCCUGCUCCUCUCUCACCCCUGCUCCUCUCUCACCCCUGCUCCUCUCUCACCCCUGCUCCUCUCUCACCCCUGCUCCUCUCUCACCCCUGCUCCUCUCUCCCCCCUGCACUCCCCUGUUCUAACACUGCCUCCCUCUGCCUCCUUGUGUUUUGCAGUUCAGUCCUUCACCUUCACUCCCGCAGACACUACAGACACCAUAGACACCAUAAACACCAUAGACACUACAGACACCAUAAACACCAUAGACACUACAGAACCAUAAACACCAUAGACACUACAGACACCAUACACACCAUAGACACUACAGACACCAUAAACACCAUAGACACUACAGACACCAUACACACCAUAGACACUACAGACACCAUAAACACCAUAGACACUACAGACACCAUAAACACCAUAGACACUACAGACACCAUAAACACCAUAGAUACUACAGACACCACAAACACCAUAGACACUACAGACACCAUAAACACCAUAGACACUACAGACACCAUAAACACCAUACACACUACAGACACCAUAAACACCAUAGCCACUACAGACACCAUAAACACCAUAGACACUACAGACACCAUAAACACCAUAGACACUACAGACACCAUAAACACCAUAGACACUACAGACACCAUAAACACCAUACACACUACAGACACCAUAAACACAAUAGACACUACAGACACCAUAAACACCAUAGACACUACAGACACCAUAAACACCAUACACACUACAAACACCAUAAACACCAUACACACUACAGACACCAUAAACACAAUAGACACUACAGACACCAUAAACACAAUAGACACUACAGACACCAUAAACACCAUAGACACUACAGACACCAUAAACACCAUACACACUACAAACACCAUAAACACCAUACACACUACAGACACCAUAAACACAAUAGACACUACAGACACCAUAAACACCAUAGACACUACAGACACCAUAAACACCAUACACACUACAGACACCAUAAACACCAUAGACACUACAGACACCAUAAACACCAUAGACACUACAGACACCAUAAACACCAUAGACACUACAGACACCAUAAACACCAUAGACACUACAGACACCAUAAACACCAUAGACACUACAGACACCAUAAACACCAUACACACUACAAACACCAUAAACACCAUACACACUACAGACACCAUAAACACAAUAGACACUACAGACACCAUAAACACAAUAGACACUACAGACACCAUAAACACCAUAGACACUACAGACACCAUAAACACCAUACACACUACAAACACCAUAAACACCAUACACACUACAGACACCAUAAACACAAUAGACACUACAGACACCAUAAACACCAUAGACACUACAGACACCAUAAACACCAUACACACUACAGACACCAUAAACACCAUAGACACUACAGACACCAUAAACACCAUAGACACUACAGACACCAUAAACACCAUAGACACUACAGACACCAUAAACACCAUAGACACUACAGACACCAUAAACACCAUAGACACUACAGACACCAUAAACACCAUAGACACUACAGACACCAUAAACACAAUAGACACUACAGACACCAUAAACACCAUACACACUACAGACACCAUAAACACCAUAGACACUACAGACACCAUAAACACCAUAGACACUACAGACACCAUAAACACAAUAGACACUACAGACACCAUAAACACCAUACACACUACAGACACCAUAAACACCAUAGACACUACAGACACCAUAAACACCAUAGACACUACAGACACCAUAAACACCAUACACACUACAGACACCAUAAACACCAUACACACUACAGACACCAUAAACACCAUAGACACUACAGACACCAUAAAGACCAUAGACACUACAGACACCAUAAACACCAUAGACACUACAGACACCAUAAACACCAUAGACACUACAGACACCAUAAACACCAUACACACUACAGACACCAUAAACACCAUAGACACUACAGACACCAUAAACACCAUACACACUACAGACACCAUAAACACCAUAGACACUACAGACACCAUAAACACCAUACACACUACAGACACCAUAAACACCAUAGACACUACAGACACCAUAAACACUAUAGACACUACAGACACCAUAAACACCAUAGACACUACAGACACCAUAAACACCAUAGACACUACAGACACCAUAAACACCAUACACACUACAGACACCAUAAACACCAUAGACACUACAGACACCAUAAACACCAUAGACACUACAGACACCAUAAACACAAUAGACACUACAGACACCAUAAACACCAUACACACUACAGACACCAUAAACACCAUAGACACUACAGACACCAUAAACACCAUAGACACUACAGACACCAUAAACACCAUACACACUACAGACACCAUAAACACCAUACACACUACAGACACCAUAAACACCAUAGACACUACAGACACCAUAAACACCAUAGACACUACAGACACCAUAAACACCAUAGACACUACAGACACCAUAAACACCAUAGACACUACAGACACCAUAAACACCAUACACACUACAGACACCAUAAACACCAUAGACACUACAGACACCAUAAACACCAUACACACUACAGACACCAUAAACACCAUAGACACUACAGACACCAUAAACACCAUACACACUACAGACACCAUAAACACCAUAGACACUACAGACACCAUAAACACCAUAGACACUACAGACACCAUAAACACCAUAGACACUACAGACACCAUAAACACCAUAGACACUACAGACACCAUAAACACCAUACACACUACAGACACCAUAAACACCAUAGACACUACAGACACCAUAAACACCAUAGACACUACAGACACCAUAAACACAAUAGACACUACAGACACCAUAAACACCAUACACACUACAGACACCAUAAACACCAUAGACACUACAGACACCAUAAACACCAUAGACACUACAGACACCAUAAACACCAUACACACUACAGACACCAUAAACACCAUACACACUACAGACACCAUAAACACCAUAGACACUACAGACACCAUAAACACCAUAGACACUACAGACACCAUAAACACCAUAGACACUACAGACACCAUAAACACCAUAGACACUACAGACACCAUAAACACCAUACACACUACAGACACCAUAAACACCAUAGACACUACAGACACCAUAAACACCAUACACACUACAGACACCAUAAACACCAUAGACACUACAGACACCAUAAACACCAUACACACUACAGACACCAUAAACACCAUAGACACUACAGACACCAUAAACACCAUAGACACUACAGACACCAUAAACACCAUAGACACUACAGACACCAUAAACACCAUAGACACUACAGACACCAUAAACACCAUACACACUACAGACACCAUAAACACCAUAGACACUACAGACACCAUGGACACUACAGACACCAUAGACACUUCAGACACUACAGACACUACAGACACCAUAAACACCAUAAACACCAUAGACAUCUGA